AUGUCUCAGAUACUACCUAUUCGCUUUCAGGAGCACUUACAGCUCCAAAACCUGGGCAUCAAUCCAGCCAACAUCGGCUUCAGCACUCUAACUAUGGAGUCAGACAAGUUCAUCUGUGUCCGGGAGAAAGUUGGUGAGCAGUCUCAGGUCGUGAUCAUCGAUUUGGGCGACCCCAACACACCGAUCCGCAGGCCUAUCUCAGCCGAUAGCGCCAUCAUGAAUCCAGCCAGCAAGGUCAUUGCACUCAAAGCGGCCAAAACCCUUCAGAUCUUUAAUAUUGAGAUGAAGAGCAAGAUGAAGGCACACACCAUGACGGACGACGUUACCUUCUGGAAGUGGAUCUCCCUCAACACAGUCGCACUUGUCACCGACAAUGCCGUGUACCAUUGGAGCAUGGAGGGUGACUCGCAGCCUGUGAAAGUCUUUGAUCGGCACUCCAGCUUGGCAGGCUGUCAGAUCAUCAACUACCGCACAGACGCCAAGCAAAAGUGGCUGCUGCUCAUUGGUAUCUCUGCUCAGCAAAAUCGAGUGGUGGGAGCCAUGCAGCUGUAUUCUGUUGACAGAAAGGUUUCUCAGCCCAUUGAAGGCCAUGCUGCCAGCUUUGCUCAGUUUAAGAUGGAGGGAAAUUCAGAGGAGUCGACUUUGUUCUGCUUUGCCGUCAGAGGCCAGGCUGGAGGGAAGUUGCACAUCAUUGAAGUCGGAACCCCACCAACUGGUAACCAACCGUUUCCCAAAAAAGCUGUGGAUGUCUUCUUUCCUCCAGAGGCCCUGAAUGACUUUCCUGUGGCCAUGCAGAUAAGCGCUAAGCAUGAUGUGGUUUUCCUCAUUACCAAAUAUGGCUACAUCCACCUGUAUGACUUGGAGACAGGAACCUGCAUUUACAUGAACCGCAUCAGUGGAGAGACCAUCUUUGUCACGGCUCCUCAUGAGGCCACCUCAGGCAUCAUUGGGGUCAACAGAAAGGGACAGGUUCUGUCUGUCUGUGUGGAGGAGGAAAACAUCAUUCCAUACAUCAACAACGUGCUCCAGAAUCCAGAUCUUGCUCUCCGGCUGGCCGUCCGAAACAACCUUGCAGGGGCUGAAGAGCUCUUUGCACGCAAGUUCAACAACCUGUUUGCAGCUGGUAACUACUCAGAAGCUGCCAAAGUUGCUGCAAAUGCACCAAAGGGGAUCCUGCGCACACCAGACACCAUUCGCCGCUUCCAAAGCGUUCCCACUCAGCCAGGCCAGACCUCUCCCUUACUGCAGUACUUUGGUAUCCUGUUGGACCAGGGCCAGCUCAACAAAUUUGAGUCCCUGGAGCUCUGCAGGCCCGUUCUUCAGCAGGGGCGAAAGCAGCUUCUGGAGAAGUGGCUGAAGGAGGAUAAGCUGGAGUGUUCGGAGGAACUGGGUGACCUCGUGAAGGCAGUGGAUCCCACAUUGGCUCUAAGUGUGUACCUGAGGGCCAACGUUCCCAACAAGGUCAUUCAGUGCUUUGCAGAGACUGGGCAGUUCCCCAAGAUUGUCCUGUAUGCCAAGAAGGUGGGCUACACUCCAGACUGGAUCUUCCUGCUCAGGAAUGUGAUGCGAAUAAACCCAGAACAAGGUCUGCAGUUUGCACAGAUGCUGGUCCAGGAUGAAGAGCCAUUGGCUGACAUCACGCAGAUCGUGGAUGUAUUCAUGGAGUACAACCUGAUCCAGCAGUGCACGUCUUUCCUCCUCGAUGCUCUAAAGAACAACAGACCCUCAGAGGGGCCAUUACAGACUCGUCUGUUGGAAAUGAACCUCAUGCACGCUCCACAGGUCGCUGAUGCUAUCCUUGGCAAUCAAAUGUUCACCAACUACGACCGUGCCCACAUUGCUCAGCUGUGUGAGAAGGCUGGACUCCUGCAGAGAGCGCUGGAGCACUACACAGACCUGUAUGACAUCAAGCGCGCUGUGGUGCACACACACCUGCUUAACCCUGAGUGGCUGGUGAACUACUUUGGUUCACUUUCGGUUGAAGAUUCUCUGGAGUGCCUCAGGGCCAUGCUCUCAGCCAACAUCCGCCAGAAUCUGCAGAUCUGUGUCCAGGUGGCCUCCAAGUACCAUGAACAGCUCACCACACAGGCUCUCACUGAACUCUUUGAAUCCUUUAAGAGCUUUGAAGGUUUGUUCUACUUCCUGGGCUCUAUUGUAAACUUCAGUCAGGAUCCUGAAGUUCACUUCAAAUACAUUCAGGCUGCGUGCAAGACGGGCCAAAUCAAAGAGGUGGAGAGGAUCUGUCGGGAAAGCAACUGCUACGACCCUGAGCGAGUCAAGAACUUCCUGAAGGAAGCCAAACUUACCGACCAACUGCCACUCAUCAUUGUCUGUGAUCGUUUUGACUUUGUCCAUGAUCUGGUCCUCUACCUGUACCGCAACAACCUGCAGAAGUACAUUGAGAUUUAUGUCCAGAAGGUGAAUCCGAGCCGUCUGCCUGUUGUGGUUGGCGGUCUUUUGGAUGUGGACUGCUCUGAGGAUGUCAUCAAGAGCCUCAUCUUAGUUGUCAGGGGACAGUUCUCCACCGAUGAGCUGGUUGCUGAGGUGGAAAAGAGGAACAGACUGAAGUUGCUGCUGCCCUGGCUGGAGUCUCGUAUCCAUGAAGGAUGUGAAGAGCCAGCUACCCACAAUGCACUCGCGAAAAUCUACAUUGACAGCAAUAACAACCCUGAACGCUUCCUGCGGGAGAACCCUUACUAUGACAGCCGUGUCGUGGGAAAGUACUGCGAGAAGAGGGACCCUCAUCUGGCCUGCGUGGCUUAUGAGCGAGGGCAGUGCGACCAGGAGCUGAUCAAUGUUUGCAAUGAGAACUCCCUCUUCAAGAGUCUGUCUCGCUACCUCGUCCGACGCAAAGACCCGGAGCUGUGGGCUAGCGUGCUGCUGGAGAGCAACCCCUUCAGACGGCCGCUCAUUGACCAGGUCGUGCAGACAGCGCUGUCCGAGACCCAGGACCCAGAGGAAGUGUCGGUCACCGUCAAAGCCUUCAUGACCGCCGACUUACCCAAUGAGCUCAUUGAGCUGCUGGAGAAGAUUGUUUUGGACAACUCGGUCUUCAGUGAACACAGAAAUCUGCAGAACCUGCUGAUCCUGACAGCCAUCAAAGCUGACCGCACCCGCGUGAUGGAGUACAUCAGCAGGCUCGACAACUACGACGCUCCCGAUAUCGCAAACAUCGCCAUCAGCAAUGAGCUCUUCGAGGAGGCCUUUGCCAUCUUCAAGAAGUUUGACGUCAACACCUCUGCUGUGCAGGUGCUGAUAGAACACAUCGGCAACCUGGACCGGGCCUACGAAUUUGCCGAGCGCUGUAAUGAGCCAGCUGUGUGGAGCCAGCUCGCCAAAGCUCAGCUGCAGAAGGAGCUGGUUAAAGAGGCCAUUGACUCCUACAUCAAAGCUGACGAUCCCUCUGCAUACAUGGAGGUGGUACAGGCUGCAGAUAAGAGUGGUAACUGGGAGGACUUGGUCAAAUUCCUGCAGAUGGCUCGUAAGAAGGCCCGCGAGUCCUAUGUGGAGACAGAGCUGAUCUUUGCCUUGGCCAAAACUAAUCGCCUGGCUGAACUUGAGGAGUUCAUCAAUGGACCCAAUAAUGCUCAUAUCCAACAGGUCGGUGACCGCUGCUACGAUGAGAAAAUGUACGAGGCCGCUAAACUGCUCUACAACAACGUCUCCAACUUUGGUCGCCUGGCUUCAACGCUGGUGCAUCUGGGAGAGUAUCAGGCUGCUGUGGAUGGCGCCCGAAAGGCCAACAGCACCCGCACCUGGAAGGAGGUGUGCUUCGCCUGUGUGGACGGACAGGAGUUCAGACUGGCUCAGAUGUGCGGCCUCCACAUCGUGGUGCACGCUGACGAACUGGAGGAACUGAUCAACUAUUACCAGGACCGCGGUUACUUUGAGGAGUUGAUCACCAUGCUGGAGGCCGCUCUGGGGCUGGAGCGCGCCCACAUGGGGAUGUUCACAGAGCUCGCCAUCCUUUACUCCAAGUUCAAGCCUCAGAAGAUGAGGGAACAUCUGGAGCUCUUCUGGUCCAGAGUCAACAUCCCAAAGGUCCUGAGAGCAGCGGAGCAGGCUCAUCUGUGGGCCGAGCUGGUCUUCCUGUACGACAAGUACGAGGAGUUCGACAAUGCCAUCAUCACCAUGAUGAAUCACCCAACAGACGCCUGGAAGGAGGGCCAGUUCAAAGACAUCAUCACCAAAGUGGCUAAUGUGGAAUUGUACUAUAAAGCCACCCAGUUUUAUCUGGAGUUCAAGCCUCUGUUACUGAAUGAUUUGCUCAUAGUACUCUCGCCCAGACUGGACCAUUCACGUGCCGUCAACUUCUUCAGCAAGGUGAAACAGCUCCCUCUGAUCAAACCCUACCUACGCUCAGUACAGAACCACAACAACAAAUCCGUCAACGAAGCACUUAACAACCUCUUCAUCACAGAGGAGGACUAUCAGGCACUGAGGACGUCGAUAGAUGCCUACGACAACUUUGACAACAUCUCGCUGGCACAGCGCUUGGAGAAACACGAGCUGAUUGAGUUCAGGAGGAUCGCUGCCUACCUCUUCAAAGGCAACAACCGCUGGAAACAGAGUGUGGAGCUCUGCAAGAAGGACCGGCUUUACAAGGAUGCCAUGCAGUACGCCUCAGAGUCCAAAGACACGGAGCUGGCAGAGGAGCUGCUCUCCUGGUUCCUGCUGGAGAACAAGAAGGAGUGUUUCGCCGCCUGCCUUUUCACCUGCUACGACCUUCUGCGGCCCGACGUGGUGCUGGAGACCUCCUGGAGGCACAACAUCAUGGACUUUUCUAUGCCAUACUUCAUUCAGGUCAUGAGGGAGUACCUCUCAAAGGUAGAUAAACUUGAAACCUCAGAGUCCCUAAGAAAAGAAGAGGAGCAGGCAACAGAGACGCAACCCAUCGUCUACGGGACCCCCCAGCUCAUGCUGACGGCGGGCCCCAGCGUGCCGGUGCCCCCGCAGCAGGCCUACGGCUACGGCUACCAGGCCCCCGCAGGCUACGCCCCACCAGCAGCUCAGCCAGGCUUCGGCUACGGCAUGUAA